AUGUUCGUGCCAUGCAUGGUCACAUCUCGCACGCCGUUGCUAGAGACCGAUUACAAUCUGCACAAAUCAAACAGCACCUACUUCACGGAUCUGGAUGUUUCGCGUACAGCGCUUGUGACCCGAAUUUAUAGUCCUGGGGUCGGUAAUGUGAGCAAGGAGCUAGACCAGGAAUUCCUAGCCGCCAGCAAGAAGGAGGGAAAGCCGGCUCCAAAGCGGAAGCCGGUCUCGAUUGUGCUCGGAUCCGUUUACUGCACAUUCAAGCGCGAAAUCAAGCCAUUUGAAUUAUAUGAGAUGCACUCGAAGGUCAUCUCUUGGGAUGCAAAGUGGUUGUACAUCAUGACCUGCUUCAUGCGACCUACACCCCACAGUGGCGGCGAAAGGGUGGUCCUUGCUGUAGCCGUUAGCAAGUACGUGGUCAAAAAGGGUCGGCUGACUGUUCCCCCGGCACGGAUUCUACGCGCUAGCGGAUUCCUCCCAACCCCGCCAUUGGAGAAUGAAGCCAAGACUACACCAGCGGAGGCCGAUUCCUCUGUCGAGGCUUCCGACGUUGACACUCCUGCCAGUGGCGAAGGUAUCACGGCCAUUGAAGGCGUGGAUGGAUCGUUGGUCAGAGAGGUAUUGAAGAUGGACGAUGAGAAUUUACCUAGCCAGGAGACACUGGAUAAGCAGCAGAAAAAGAAUGCGGAGUCGUGGGAUGUCAAAGAGUGGACCUGGGAUCGCAUAGAACAGGAACGCCUGCGGGGACUGGAGGUUGUAAAUGGAUAUGCUAAUUUGGACACCAAGCUGUUCGAGGAAUGGGGGCAAAAGUUCUAG